GAGCAUCUCUUCUCUCGCAUCAGCAUCACGCGGGGUUUAAUCGCUCUGUCUCCGUCACCGAGGCGUAGAAGGCGUCUGUCAAACCUGUGGAGCGCCUGUCUGUCUCUCUGUCUGUGUCCGUCUGUCUGCUGGGAGGACUCUUACACACACGUCGUCUUUGAGAGUAGUUGUAGUUUGGAGACAAUAAACCGGUUUUACUGCCUAUUGGGGUGGAUCUCUGCUGCUCCAGGAAGACGCACCAAAUUCUCGGUUUAAAGGAAGUUGAAGCGAACAGCUGUGUGUGCGUGUUAAUUUGGGAGCCAAUCAAGCAGCCAUGGACGUUUUAAUAAAGGGUUUCUCCAAAGCCAAGGAUGGGGUCGCGUUGGCGGCGGAGAAAACCAAGCAGGGAGUGACUGGAGCAGCUGAGAUGACGAAAGAUGGGGUUAUGUUUGUCGGCACCAAAACAAAGGAUGGAGUCACAACAGCUGUGUCUGGAGUGUCUCAGGUGGGUGGAGCCGUCGUUACCGGGGUUACCGCUGUGGCCCACAAAACCGUGGAGGGUGCAGGCAACAUUGCCGCUGCCACUGGAUUGGUCAAGAGGGACCCAGCCAAACAAGGUGAUGAAGCCUUAGCAGUACAGGAAAUGGCAGAGUCACCGAUUGAUACUGACCCCGCUGAUGCCACAGAGGAUGACACUGAUGAAAACUGAUCGAAAUCUUUACAAUCAAAGAUGAACGAUCGAUGAUCGAUGACCGAAACAUUCCAUGUUGCUCUGCCAAGUCCCGUUGUGCCUCGUUAUGGUCCUAUAUGGAGUCUGUUCCAAACGUCUGUGUGGUUGUGUGUGUG